AACAAGAAUAUUGUUUGUAUUUUCCAGACAUCCCAUAGAUUAUCGAAGGAAAAAAAAACAUAGAUUGUUGGUGUCUACUACUAUAGUUAUAGUAAUCUUCGCUGGUUUCUUUGGGAGUUUCAAGGAUGGGAUUCUCAGUGGCAGCUUCGCUGGGUUCCCAUAUUGUGCUGAGAGAAACUCAUGAAAACAGAAUCAAGUGCCGAUUGUUUUGCAAAAGAGAGCACAGUAGCGUUGGUUUCAAGUUCUCAAAGCGUAAGGCCAAUCAAAGAGCAGUUUUUCUUAGCAAACAAGAGUCAGUUGACUUGGAUGAGAGGAAGAGCCCAAAUGAGGUUAGAGAAGAGAUCAAACAAUGUUAUGAACUCAUAAACAGAUUAGGGAGAGGAGCUCUGUAUUUAGGUUCUUCAAGGAUGGGCCCUGGCCAUUCGCAUUACCUGCAAGCAAAAGAGCUGGCCAAAGAGAUAGCAAAUCUAUUGGACUGCACUACAUGGUCAGGGGCUGGACCAGGGCUAAUGGAUGCUGUUACUCAAGGUGCUCUUCUGGCAGGAAAACCAAUUGGUGGAUUCAAGAUAGGAAAAGAAGCAGGGGAAUGGACAGCAUCCAACUUCCAUCCAUACUUACCGUCAGGAAAUUACCUUACCUGCAGGUUUUUCUCUGCGCGAAAGCACGGGCUGGUUGAUGCUGUAGUGAGGAGCAACUCUUCUGAUAAGACUGCUGUUGUUGCCCUUCCUGGUGGGGUUGGUACUCUAGAUGAGUUGUUUGAGAUACUGGCAUUGAUUCAGCUAGAACGAAUUGGAUCAAAGCUUCCUGUUCCCUUCCUGUUGAUGAACUAUGAUUCAUUUUAUUCAAAGCUGCUUGACUUUCUAAACGUUUGUGAGGAUUGGGGAACUGUCUCUAAAGGAGAAGUUGCAUCUUUGUGGAAGGUUUGUAACAGCAACUCAGAAGCCUUGGCUUACCUGGCAGAUUUCUACUGCAUUUCUUCCAGUGACACAAGUCAGAAUGUAACUGAAUUGUAUAGCAAUCAUGAAUCAGCUUCCUGAUAAGAAUUUUCCCUUCUUUUUUUCUUUUUGUCCCCUGAAUGUUAAUUGUUAGGUAAUAAUUUUCUUGCUCAACAUAGCUUGAACAGUAUAAUAUUCUGCUAAAUGGUUGCAAUGUUAACAAGUUUAAUGCUUGACUUUUGACAUGUGCAGUUGCAAGCAGAUUCAUAGGUAGUCACAUUUGUGAUUUGAAUUGUGGAAAAAGGAAAUGAGAGUUUUUUCCAACUUCACUUAA